CCAGGAAGUGCAGUACAAUGGAGGUUUGCUUGUUUCUGUAGAAGAACCCUGGCCUCUGGAGUUCAGCACAGAGACUUCAUUGCAGAUUGCUGGUUCUCUGCAUAAAUCAAAACCUGAAGACUCAGUUCCUGCCUUUGCUCAUUGAAGAGUGGUACCACCAGCUAGAGUAUCCUGGUUACAUAUUCUGGUGACUCCACCAGACUUGGGAACUUUCCGGACCGUCCGCCUGCAGAUCCCUCAGGAUGAGCUUCCAGGCCCCAGCCACACUCCUGCAGCUGGCAGUGCAGAGCCUGCUGAGGGAGGAGGCCCUGGCCAUCUCUGCUCUGCAGGACCUCCCCAGGGAGCUCUUCCCCCGACUCUUCAAGGAGGCCUUCACCCGCCGCCAGUCUGCCGUCCUGAGGGCGAUGGUGCAGGUCUGGCCUUUCCCCUGUCUCCCAUUAGGGGGUCUGAUGAAGAUGAAGGUACCCUACCUGGAGACCUUACAAACCAUACUGGAUGGGAUCGAUAUACUGCUUGGCCAGAAGGUUCACCCCAGGAGUCACAGACUUCGAGUUCUGGAUUUGCGGGCUUUGCACAAGGACUUCUGGAGCGUCUGGGCUGGAGAUAAGACAGAUGCUUGCCCUCGAGCGGUCAAGUGUAAGAGGAAAACACGAGAGAGAGGUGUGAGGAUAGGGAACGAGCAGUCUUUGAAGGUGUUUGUAGACAUUUACCUCAAGCCAAGAGCCCUGGAUGCGUGCCUGUCCUACGUCUUCCUGUGGGUGGAAGCGAGGAAGGGUUUACUGCAGCUAGGCUGUAAGAAGCUGAAGAUCUCCACGAUGGCUCUCCAGAACGUGGUGAAGGUUCUGGAAAUGCUGGAUCUGGACUGUAUGGAGGAAGUGGAAGUGUGCUGCACCUGGAAACUCUCCACCCUGGCCGGCUUUGCUCCUUACCUGGGCCAAAUGAGAAAUCUUCGCAAGUUCCUUCUCUCUCAUAUCUGUGAGCCUGCCUCCAUUUCCCCAGAGGAAAAGAGGAAGUGGAUCAGUCAGUUUACUUCUCAGUUUCUCAACCUGGAGUGCCUCCAGGAGCUCUCCCUGGACUCCGUGUCCUUCCUCGAAGGUCAAAUGGACCAGGUGCUCAGGUGCCUGGAGGCCCCCUUGGAGACGGUCUCUAUCACCGACUGCCAGCUUUCGGAAUCAGACUUGAAGUCCCUGACCCAGUGUCCAGGCAUCCGUCAGCUCAAACACCUGAACCUAAGUGGUGUCAUACUGACCAACAUGAAUCCUGAGCUCCUCCGAGUCCUGCUAGAGAGAGUCGCAGCCACCCUGAAGACCCUGGACUUGGAGAACUGUAGGAUCGUGGACGCCCAGCUCAUUGUCUUUCUGCCUGCUCUGAGCAGCUGCUCCCAGCUCACCACAUUCAACUACUUAAGGAAUCCCAUCUCAGUGGCUGUUCUGGAGCGCCUGCUCUGCCACACCGCUGGCCUGAGUUGCUUAAGCCUGGAGAUGUAUUCUACCCCCUGGGAGAUUUAUGGUGCCCAGGGUGCUUCUCACCACAAGCGGCUAGAACAGCUCCGUGAGGAGCUCAGUAGGACAAUGAAGCCACUGAAACGCACCAAGACAGUGUGGUUCAGCAUCAUUCCCUGUCCACCUUGUGGCAACCGGGCCAUAUGAGUCAGAGCCCAAGCUGCGCUAGGGCUAUGGACCUAUCUAACUGGGUACUGGUGUGCCAAAUGAUUCCUUCUAGCUCUUGGAAGCAGUUUCCUUCUGGUAUAGGUGAAUCCUGAAGAGGACACAGAACCUGUGGUCUCAGUG